CUGCGUACGUCAUUUGUCAAGUUUGACAUGUCAUGUGCAUUUGUUGACAAAUAUGAAUUACAGUUUUUAGAAAUAGUGUUGAUAGUGCCCUAUUUGUUUUUUUACACUUCGCUAUUACCAGCUUCGUGUUGAAAAUAGCAAUGGGGACAGUCGAGGUGGAUGUCGAAUUUUGUGGAACUUGUGGCUACUUCAAACAGUUUGAAGAAUUAUCGCAAUAUAUUAAGCCCAAACACCCUGAUGUUGCCAUAAAUGGGCAUGAGGGUCGUAGAGCGUCUUUUGAGGUUAAAGUUAAUGGUACUCUAGUUCAUUCCAAGUUGACUACACUUGCUUAUCCCGAUUAUGAUGAUCUUUCAUCCAUUAUUGAGGAAGUCGCUGAGGGAAAGGAAAUCAGAAAAUGUAAACAGCAACCAAUUACUAGUUGUGUUAUAGCGUAAAAAGUGGCAAAUUACAUUCAACAUUAACUGUGUUAAGUUCUAUGAUAUUUAUAAAUAAAUAUUCUUAUGAUA